AUGCCUCGCCUGAAGAAGCACAACCGUUCCAUCGCGGCCAAGAAGAGCAUGGAGGAACGCCUGGCAGCAGUGGUGGCAUCUGCGCCUCUGGUCUCCACCACUUGCUUCCCACCACCAACACGUGGUCCCUCAUGUCGUGGUACUGGUCGUCGCCACCGUGUGAGCACCUGGCCAGUUUCACCCCUGACUGGCAGGAGUCACAAGAUGAUCAUCCCAGCCGAGUCACCUGACAAGAAGUUUGUUCUUUUUGUCGGUGAUUCCCACCUGCGCGCCAUUGUUGAUGGCCAUGUGAAGAUUUCGCACAAGCAGCUUUCUUUUGGUCUCAUGUCAACGCCAGGCGCUGACGCCAAGGACCUGAGGACUGAGAUGGUGAGUGCAGUCCUUCCCAGGACACCUGACCUUGUUUGUGUUCUUGCGCCCAGCAACAACUUGACUAAGGGGACAUUGGAUCAGGCUGCAGUGGACUUUGAGGAGCUUCUCACCAGUGCCUUGUCUCGGUGGCCGAAGUUGUUUGUCCUGGACUUCCCUCCGCGCCGGAACGUGGAUCAGGACUUGCAGGAACUUUUUCGCCAGGAGUUUCACCGUGUGGCUGCACGCAAGGGUGUGAGGUACUACUCUAUUGCAGAGUUCUUUCCUCUGAGCCAGCGUGACCUGUGGAGUUGGGAUGGGGUGCACCUGAGUGAUGGAUCUGGGAUGAGGACGCUGGUUACAUUGCUAUGCGACAAAUCCAGUCUGGAGCUAGCGAUGGCUGUUGCACAGGAGGAGUUGCGUAGCAUGUUGCCAGCUGUUCCUGCUCCUGCUCCUCGUCUGGCUCCGAGGUUGGUUGUGGUUGGAGAGGCCCGCUCUCCACGUCCGUUGCACAACCCAUUGGAUUGGAAGGUGGUUGAACCACGCAGGACG